UGUGCUUGCAAAAUUUCGAAAGUUUGAAGUGGAUAGGAGGUGCAUGGCAUCGUUGCGACCGUUGCGAGAAGUUGAGGGAUCCAUCAUUGACUGUUUUUCUAUACUAAUGAACAAGUACGAACGUGAUAGUCGAUUACCUGACCAACCUCGUGUUUGGUACAUGCCCACUCGCAUCUCGCAAAAAACUCUCGGUUCGUUUAAUGUGAAGAGGAUUGCGAAAGACCGGGAGUGGUCAAAACUGUUUUACGAAGACAACUUCGAAAAAUGCGUCAAGAUGUUUGUGCCGGUGUUGACUCUAGUAGGUGCACCACAUUGGUUUGGUGCCGAAGUAAAUAUGAAGUCCAAGGUUGUCUCAUUUCUGGACUCCCUACACACCGCAAUGCAUGAGAAGUAUCGUGUGGAGGCUACGAAAGAAAUGGUAAACUUGCAAAGUUUCAUUGUUUGAUGUGAACUCGUUCUUCAUUGAAUCUAACUAAUUGUAUACGUUUGCAGUUGUCGACGUUGGACCUUUUGUUUGAGGAG